ACUUGUUGCGUUUCACUCAAAUGGCGGGAAAAUCGAAAACGAGCGCUGCGGCGAAGGGCAAACCAGCGAACGGCAAGGAGUCGGUCGCCGCGUACUUUGCGCCAAAGAGCAAUGGCAAGGCCGCCAAGCCCACUGGCGCACCGGCGGACGAGCCUGCCACCGUCGUGGGUGCGCCGACAGCAACAGCAGCAGCAGCAGAGCCGCAAGCGCGCAAGUCGCCAGUGAAGCCGGCAACACGCGCGACCGCCUCGCCCUCCAAGCCGCGUUCAGACCCCGCGGCGUCAGCACCUGUUGCUGCAGCGUCAUCGUCAUCGUCAUCGUCAUCGUCAGCGGCAUCGUCGGCGGCACCAGCGUCGUCGCGAGCCUUAGCAGCAGGCACCGUGAACAUUGGCGGCGGUGUCUCACUUCCCGCCGUCAGUCCCACGAUGCCGCGUGCGGAACUCGGUCAGAAACUAAAGACCAUUUGCGACAAGAUCCAAACACUUGCACAAGAUCAAGCGGACUGCUCGUUCUGCCAGCCUUUCUGAAGCACCAGGACAAUGAGAUUCGUCUCUACGUUGCCUGCAUCCUGUCCGACCUACGUUGCCUGCAUCCUGUCCGACCUGCUUCGAAGCAUCUUCAAGCUCUUCGUCGACCAGUUGAAAGGCAUUGCAAACGUCCAGAAUGCGCACUUUGCUCGCUACUUUGGACUGCUCGAGAGCCUUGCUGUCGUCAAAUCGUUUGUCAUGUUGGUCGAUAUCAGUCAGGAGCUGCUUGUGCUCUUGUUUCAAACCCUGUUUGAAGCCAUUUCGCCCGACCACACACGCGAAGUGUUUGAUCACAUCGUUGAGAUUACCAGCACGGUCAUUGUUGAGGCCGAUGUGCUACCAGAGGAGCUGCUGGAUGUAAUUCUGGCCGCUUUACUGCCUGAAGGCAAGAACAGGCAACGAAACAAAGUCUCCUUUGUUCUCGCAGAGACGGUGAUUAAGCGUUGUCUCCGUCAAAUGCAACCGGCAAUCCGCGAUUUUUUCGCGGGUAUCUUUGGAGUUGGCAAGACAUCGACCAGCGAGCUCACUGACAGCGCCUACGACCUGGUGUUUGAACUCUUCCUCAUCGAUUCGAGUCUGCUGCUCGAAGUCUUUUCGCUGCUCGAAGAACACUCGCUUAAUGAAGACCUGCCUUCGCGCCAACAAACAAUCGCUCUUCUCGGUCGCAUGUUCGUGGUCGAUGAUCGUGAUCUGGCGAAUGACAACCCAGGUCUUUGGAGCUGCUUUUUGAAGCGCUUUGUCGACGUCAAAGACGUGGUGCGCUUGCAGUGCGUUUCCUUUGCCGCAGACAUUGUCCGGGCUCAUCCACGCUUGGCUUCCUCCGUUGUGGCAGCACUUGGCGAGCGCCUGAUGGACCAGGAGGAGAAAGUCCGCGCCGAUGCGCUUGCUCAAAUCCUGCAAAUUGCGAAAACCCGUUCCGACGUGCUCGACGCUCCGCUUUUGCACCGCAUGGCCGAGCGAACGAUCGAUCGCAAGGCCUCGAUUCGAGAAGAAGCCCUCUCGGCACUGGUGACAAUCUACCUGCAGCAAAUUGAAAAAUUCGGCGAGUCUCAAGCUUGGUCUCGCGACACAAUCGCUUCCUUUGGGUGGAUUCCUUCGAAAAUCUUGGCGUCAAGUCUUGCGCCUGCUGGCGGUGCGGCGUACGAAAAGCACUUUGACAAGCUGCUCACCUCCCAUGCUUCGAACGCCGAGGCGCGCGGUGCUCGUCUGGUCAACGUGUUGAGCCAGCUUGACGAGAAGGGCGUGACUGUUUUCGCUCGCGACCUGGAGCAACGAAGCGGACUGAUUGCCGCCUGGCGCAACUUCCUUGCAAAGCACGGCUCUCGUCCAGAAGCCCAAAUGCGCCGCUUGGCAGCCUUUGCUCUGGACAAGACCAAGGCCUUUGAUCACAUUGAAAAACUCGAGUCGGGUAUGGAUCAGAAGACCUGUCAGGUGCUGGUACACUACUUUGAAACGGACUGCUCCGCACCGCGUCUCAAAGUUGCCACGGAUGCCCUCACCAACCGCCUCGGCGCCAAAAAUCCCUCGCUUGAAACCGUGCUGAGUCUGCUGUCCAGCACAACGAGCCUGUUUGGCGACAAGCAUGUCAUCAGUGCGGCGAUCGGCAAGUGGAUUGCGCUCGAUGGGGAUGAGUAUGACACGACCGGCAAGUGUCUGCUGGCCGUUGCUCGAGUCUAUCCGAUGACUUUCCAUCAGCUAUCGACCUUCCAGAAGGUGUUGGAUGCUCUUCGUGAUGCUGACGAGUCGGUGGCGCGCCCGCUGCUGCAACUGCUCGCCAUAUCCGGCCCCAAAUUACAAGCCAACCAUUCCAGCUUCUUCCACGAACUGCAACAGAUCUUGCAGCAAUUCAUGCUCGGUGACUCUCCUGCUCUCGGAAAGCUCGCUGUUCGCACCAUUGUUGCCACCGCCACAGAUGCAAACACCCUCUUGCAAGACGUGUCUGCUGACUUGAUGAAACGCCUCGAGUUGAACUUCCCAGACGUCAUUACACCCAUUGUGUGCCUUGGGCAUAUUGCAGAGCUCGGACGGGCUGUUGAUCCGACCAGCGAAGCUGCGCUUUCGAAGGAGGACUUGAAAAUUUGCAACCAAUUCUUUGUCAAGCUUCUCCGAACCAACACCACCAAGGCCGUCAAGAUGCCAGCCAAUUGGAACACAGAGACCGACGAUGAGUGGACUGACACCCCUUCGCCCGAGUGCCUUGCAAAGGAGGCUGCGAUCAAGGCCAUGACUCGGAUCAUUCUGAAUUUCCCUGAAAAGCAGGAUGCUGUCGUCAAGUCGUGUCUCGACAACGUGCUCUUUGAUGGAGUGCGCUUGCGUGGCGAGUUUGUUGCUGCGAACGCCACACAUCCCAUCGUGUGCAGCCGCUUGUACCUCACCGCUUCCAAGUCCAUUCUCAAGAUUGCCUCCACGCGCCAUUCCAAGUUGAUUGCGGCGCAGGAUUUCCAAAACCUUGCUCUCACCAUUGAGGCUGUGAAUCGGCAAGUUCGGCAUGCUUUCAUCACUUGCUUGGACAAGUAUCUGACCAAAGUGGACCGCAUGCGCACGUCCUACAUGAGCAUUCUUGCAUUGGCUGCGUGCAAUCCCGACAAGGACCAGCUGAUGCUGGCGAAGGCGUGCUUGGAACGUCAAGUUGCCCGGCGACGCGCCAUCAUCCAGAUCAACAAAGCAUACGAAAAGGUCUUGCUCCCGGAGGCCGUCCUCGCGCAUCUCAUUCAUCUGCUGGCUCACCACCCUGACUUUAAGUCGGAUGUGGACGAGCUCAAAGCGAUGCAAAAGUGCAUCGUGUUCUUUGUCAAUGGACUUUCUGCGAGCGGAGGCGAGAACUUUGACUACCUUCUCGAUGUCGUGGGAGCCAUCAAGCAGCACCGGGAUGCUCAAACCCCCAACAACAGCGUGCCUUUGCAUACUGUGUGUGACGUCGCCAGCCUGGCAAUCACAGACGUGGCGCAGCACAGCAAUUGGCGGCUGAAGAAGGGCUCUGCGGCCAUUUCGCUGCCCGCCGAGCUGUUCACGCUCCCGAGCACCCCGUUGCGAAACACGGUCGUCUUCCUCUCCAAGCAGCAACAACAGCAGCUGAUGGGUGGCAAGAGCCCAUCGGGCUCCCCAGCCAAGAAGCUGCUUGAGCAGGUCGCACCCCGCAGUGCCAGCCGAAAAGCACAAGGUGGAAGCGCGACCACAACGCCUUCGAAACGAGCGGCCCCGAGCACGCCAGGCUCUGUAUCUCGCUUCAAGCGCCGCGCUGCGCGUAGCGACGAUGACGACGAGGAUGAUAGUGACGACGAGGAUGGUGAAGCUGUUGCAAGGCGUCAUCGAGCCGCCACCACUGCUGCUGCUGCUGGCCCGGCGCGUCGAAACGCCUCCCGCGCUGCGCGCUCCGCGGCAAAGUCGCUCGGCUUUGAAGACGAUGAUGACGAUGAUGAUGUCAGCAAUCGACGGGAUGCCAGCGAUAACGACGACGGCCAAGAGCAAGCAGGUUCUGGCGCGCGCCGCGUCCGCCGACGACUGGAUGCCAGCAAUGACGAUGACAACAGGCCGGAAGACUCGCUUCCCGCCAAGUCACCCCGUCGCUCAGGCGCCACCAAGCCCGUAUUCGAUGAAAUUGCGGCACCUGCCUUGUCACCGCUGAAGUCACCUAAAAGUCCAGAGCACAAGUCACGGCGACCCGUCCGAAACUUGUCUUUGGGUCUUGACCACGAGCAGUCGACGCCCAGGUACCUAUCCGAGGCUGAAAAGGCGCGCGAGGAAGACGAGCAUGACCAAGAGCUGCUUCCUGCUGUCGACGUGGCUGCAUCCAAGCCGAAACGAGCGGCUGCCAAGACCGCAUCGGUCUCGGAAUCGUCGCCUUCGCGGGAUGCUGACGUUGCGAUGCACCAGGACAAGCGGCAACGAGCAUCGCGUGCAAGCGCUCGCACAACAGCCUCAUCCUCGGUCGACUCUCAGUCUGUUUCGACUUCUUCUCAAUCUCAGCCGUCCGAGCCAUCCGAGGAACCUGCAAUCAAGCGCAGGUCGGGUCGUGGCAAAGCUGCAGUCGAGGCUUCUGCGGCGCCUCAAACCAAGGUUUCUGCGGCAGUCCCGGCUGUUGGUGAGCUGGACGACGGAGCUGCUGAAGAGCCAGUGGUUACUCGACGCACCACUCGUCGGCGUUAAUUCUAGUGUUGCCUGACAAUCUGGAGAUGUUCUUGUGCUGUAAUAAAGCUGUUGUUACA